UUGCAGGGUUUUGCUAGAUUUGCUUGUUGUCUUCUCAAGGCUCAGCUCUCAUUUCCAGCUCGCAAUUCGAUGCAUGCGGUGCUGUUGUGUGCUCAUCCGUGCGUUUUUCUCCAGCUGUAUAGGUGUGGGUCGAUCUGGUAGUGUUACUAGAGAGCGGAGUGGGAGCGAGAGAGGCAGCCAGUGUCAAGGGAGAGUUCAAUUUUGAUGCGUAGUCGUGGUGUUGUGAAUCCGAGCUCGUAGUGGAGGUGUUUUCGGGACUGAGACGAGUCUCUAUUUAGUGGGUUUCUGGAUUCUGGUUGUGGAGAGAACGCUGUAGAGGCCGAGUGGAGUUUGAGUCCAGUUCAGGGGAUUUGGAGUAGAUAUUUUGUUAGGGUUUUAUGUGUGAGUGCGUCUAUCUUUGACGUUUUUUGCGUUAGAGUUUUUUUUUUAUUGAGAUUUGAAAAGGGAGUGUUUUUUGCCUCCGUGCCGAGGCUUUUGGAAGGUUUCUAGUGAUAGGGUUCAUAAAUAUGACAGGAGUGAUGUCCGUUGCAGGUUUCAAGGAGCUGGUUGCCAAGUAUGGGAAAGUUGCGCUAGGCGUGCACAUGACAGUUUCCGCGGUGUCGGUGACGUGCUGCUACACAGCUAUUAAGAAUAAUGUGGACGUCGGGGCUGUGUUGCAAAGGUUUGGGUUGUAUACUUCCAGUAUGGUAAAAGAGGAAGCUGAUGAUAUUCACAAGUACGAAGCUGGUACACCGGGGGGCGCUAGCGAGGAACUUAAACCAGUUAUCCCAGAGGACGAUCGGAAAUCACACAUACACUCAGCUGUUUCAGGCGGAGGAGCCCUGGCUCUGGCAUUUCUGUGUAACAAAGCUCUAAUGCCUGUCCGCAUUCCCAUCACGGUGGCCCUGACUCCUCCUGUUGCAAGGAUGCUGGCCAGAAGAAAACUCUUCAAAAGCCCUUGAAAGUUGUAUUGUCGACUUCCUUGAAUGCUCUGUUCUGUUGAAUUCAAGUAUCCAUAUGGUAGGAGACGGCAAUUCCUUCAUUUUAGUGCACCCUAAUUUCCAGGUUUUGCACCCUACAUAUUGGACUCCAGCACGUCUGAGCAGGAGGAUUACAGUGGUGAUGAGUUGCCCCCUCAGACAGAAUUUGCACAGGCUUCAAAUCUUUUCACAUAUUCUUAGCUACAUUACAGCGGAUAUCCAGUGUAUUCUUUCGCAUUUACAACCUGGUUGUAAGUGCUCUCAAGCUGUUGAUCUUGUCGUCGUCAGUUUCGCUAGACUUUGGUGGUGAUCAGGUUUCUGAGGUUUACAGCAAGAUUGUUGCUGUCGCGAAAUAGAUUUUUAUGUAUUUCAGUUCAUACUGAUAUGAUUGUUGACCAGCAGUCAAGCUUUAGCUGUAGAAGAUGAAUUUGAAUGGACAAGGCGGAUAUGUUAUGUUACAUUUCCAAUCCGCCGGGAAGAUGACUUCAGAGUGACGAGUGUUUUAUAUUUUUAUUUUUUUUCGUUGCGUAUGCUGUAAAUUGCUAAAUAUUUAAUAUUGUCAAGCCUAUUACUUGUAAAUGAUUAUAAAUU